UUAAAAGCAAGUGAAGCUCCUUUCAGUCCCGAAAAGCUUUGAUUUUUUCCUUUCUUUUGUCUUUGCCAUUUUUCUGGAUCUGGAAUUCUCGCCGGUCAAGCAUGUCUUCAACGUCGUCGUAUUGGUGUUACAGUUGCACUCGCCUGGUUCGCGUCCUGGCUUUAGACAACGGUACCAACGACACUGUUGCAUGCCCGUAUUGUGACGGAGGUUUUAUCGAGGAGAUCGAAUCAUCGGAUAAUCACAACCGUCAAUUUCCGGCUAUGUACAUGAUCACCAGCAACGGUAAUAACCGUCAAAAUCGGAAUCGGACACGAAACCUCCUUUUUCGUCGAAAUCGUCGUUCCGUUGACCGAUCAAACAUCAAUCCAAUCAUUGUCCUACGUGGCACCACCGACGACGAGAACAGCACUAAUGGAAACCACAAUAGCGGAUUUGAAUUCUUCUAUGACAAUAGAUCCGGUUCGGGUUUAAGGGCCAUGCCGGCUUCGAUGUCCGAAUCUCUAAUGGGCUUGGGUUUUGAUCGGUUAUUAGAACAACUUUCUCAGAUCGAGAUAACCGGACUGGGGCAACCAGAGAACUCGCCGGCUUCGAAGUCAGCGAUCGAAUCAAUGCCGACGAUUCAAAUAGGGACGACCCAUGUUUGUUCGGAAACUUACUGUGCUGUUUGCAAAGAGCCUUUUGAGCUGGGGACCGAAGCGAGGGAGAUGCCAUGUAAGCAUAUUUACCAUCAAGAUUGUAUCAUCCCAUGGCUUGCGCUUCGAAACUCGUGCCCCGUUUGCCGCCACGAAAUGCCGUCGGAUCUCAGCGAGUCAACCGACGACGCUUCGGAGACGGUGGGGUUGAGUAUAUGGAGGUUACCUGGUGGCGUUUUUGCGGUGGGUAGGUUUAGAGGAGAAAGGGAAUUGCCCGUUGUUUAUACGGAGAUGGAUGGUGGGUUUGGGGAAUCAGACUCGGGUUCGGGUCAUGGAGCUCCGAGGAGAGUUGCGUGGGUUGAGGUUAGGAGAAGAGAGAAUGGGUUCAGGCGAGUUGUUAGAAAUGUGAUGUCGUUUUUGAGGAGUCUGAGGUCUCAGUCUCAUCGUGGAAGGGAAGAAUCUGGCGGUUUGACCAGAAAUGGUUCAACAUCUAUGCUUGGUAGGUUUACUAGAAGUAGAAGCAGAAGCUCAAGGUCGGUUUUGGAAUGAGAUUUUUUGGGGGGUAAUUAUAAAAAAAUAAGGAAAUUUUUUUCACUUUUUUUUGGGUUUUCAAUUUAUGAAAAAAAAAAUUUGUUCUUUGAUUAUUGUAAAUAGCACUUAAAUGGCAAGAAUUCGAAUUUUAGAUAUACCAAUAUUCAAGUUGCAAUUUCAUCUGUUAUUUGAUGAUUAUAUAGGCAGAAGAAAGGAAUGGAGCUAAAAGAAUCUGAACAAUUUUGGGCUUGUUUGAUGAAAUGCAGAAACCAUUUUGGGUGUCAACCCGGUUUUGAGAUUUAAGGGAAUGGAGGAUAAUGGUUUUUUUUUUUUUAAUUAUAGGAAAUUACCUAGUCACAUGCUUCCUUAAAGAUGUUGGAAGCUGAAAGUUCAAAUAGAAAUUUCCAUGGAGAAAGUAUUUUGAUUUCAA